UGAAUACCUGCUUUUAUAUUCAAUAGGUAUGGAGAAGUAUGACCACCAUCCUCGGCAUUUUAGCGAGGUAGCCGUACGAGGUUCCGAAGCUAAUUGUUAUGUGAGUCCAUGACGAAGCAGUGUGUGGACACGCCUAAAGAUGACAUGUGGUGUUGUUCCGUAGAGCGUCAAAAAAGUGGACACAAAACAAUAAAGGGAGCCGGGAACAUGUCUCAGGUCGCUAGACCAAAAGUAAUGCAACUUGCGUUCAACAAUAAGAGAAAUCUCGAUCUGAAGGACUUACCAUAUAUGGUAAUUCCGUACCGGUGCAAACACAAAAAGAAAGUCAAAAAUCGGAAUGGGUGAAGAGCAACCAGCAAAUCAGAUAUUCCUGCAGUGAGAACGCCUUAAAAA